UGCUAUUAUAUAAAUUUUCAUUUAGAGUAAUAAAAUGUUAACUGAAAUGUAUCAAAAAUGGCUUUGUUAUAUCACGCGCGUUUAGUUUGUGAAUUAAGUUUUGAUAAAAAUGGACUUGAAAAAAGUUAAAGAUGAAGAAAAAGUUCGAUUAUCAAGAAUUUAUAUGUAUGGUGGUUUUGUUUUUUUGCCAUUUCUUUGGUUUAUAAAUACUGUUUGGUUUUUUCGAGAUGCAUUUUGUAAAGAAGAAUUUGAAGGGCAGUCUUUAAUUAGAAGAAGUGUUAUUAUAUCUGCUAUGGGAGCUGUCAUAUGGUCAAUUGGAAUAUCAGUGUGGGUAGUAAUGUACCAAGUUAAUAGAGCAAACUGGGAAGAAAUUGGUGAUAAACUUUCUUUUUUGAUACCACUUGGUCAACCUUAAUGAAUUAAUUUCAAGUUGACUGAAAAAAUAAUUGAAUCUUUUUUAGAGAAGUUAAUUAAUCUUGUUGUAAAUGCACACACAUAAACAUUUAAUUUUUUAAUUUCUUUUUUUAAUUGUAAUUCUUUUUUUUUAAUUUAAUUUAUUUUAGAGUAUUUUUUGGACUUUUUAAAUAAAAUUAAAUAAGUUUAUUGGUUGUUAAUAUUUUUUAUUCUUAAAUUCUUUAUUUAGCAGGAAAUUUAAUUUAUAUAUUCAUUGAUAAAAAUAUAUUGAUCACUUAUAUUUUGAUAUGUUGUUGUUACUGUACAUAAAUAUUUGGGAAAUAAAUCUUGUGUUGUUUUCUAA